GAUUCAAAAAAAAAAUACAUUUAUACUCAUAUUUGAGGUUAUGUUGAGCAGCAAAGAACUGAGUGUUUUCCAUUGAAAGAAAACUGAAUUUAAAUGUCCUUAAAGCAAAUAACACAAAAGAAAGCCUGAACAGUGUGAAUCACCACCACCAAAACAUCUUAACGCACCGCCACUAACAUGGAUAGGAAUUAUAUAAGCGCUCCAGAUGAUUUCCAUUAUAUGGAGGGCACUGAAUCUGUGGAGUUCAAACGUACUUUUGCCCUUGACGGCAUUGGAGAGGAUGAGACGUUGCGUCUGUAUUUGCGUAAGGCCGGAUUGUCGGAUGAAAUUGAAUAUUUAACACCAGAACAACGGCGAGCCUUCAUUUACGACAUCAUCAAAAGCAAUAAAAUGCCAGGAUAUUGGAUGCCCUCCACAAUGACUUCAGCAUCACCUUUAAACUUAUCAAACACUCCUACAACCAUCCGCCGCACACCACCCCCACCACCUAUACGCAAAACCAACACAGCAACCAGCACACUUCGGACCAACAACUCAGCAGUGUCCACAACACUAAGCUAUGCCACCAUAAGCACAUCUUCAUCCAAUAACAGCCUAAAAAGUUUGGACAAUAGUAGUCCCAUUGUGCCGCGACGUUUCGAACCGCAACCACCCACACCACCUUCACCCUCGACCUUUGUGACCAGCAUUAAGGGUUCCAAAUAUGAGAUAAGCGGGCCGAUGAACUUUCAACACGUUGCCGGAGAUAUGACACGAGACCGUACGCGGAAUGCCUUCGAUCUCACCUUGACUACGAACGAUAACGUUUUAAGGAAGUACAUGCUGGAACGGGGCAUUACGGAGGAGGACUUGAGAGGCGUGCGUAAAGAAGAAAUUAUUAAAAAUAUUGUGCAAUCAAAGUUCACUUGGAUGCCACCUAAACGCAGCAAUAAUGAUACGGCCAGCAGGCCACCGCCUAAUGUAAUGUACGCUACAAUUUCCACUGGCAGUGAGUACACACUAAGCGAAUCACCAAGAUUCUCACGUGCCAGAAAGCCAAUGCAUGCGCCGCCACCGCCACCUCCACCACCAGCUUCAACAACAACAACAACAGCAACAGCUGAAACAGCCGAAUCUAAUCGAAACCCAACUACAACUCCAUCACAGCCUCCAAAAGCACCAAGUCCAAUUGGGCAACCAACAACUACUCAGAAUACGCUAUCCGGUUUUAAUUCUUUGGCUUUGCGUUUCGCUGACCCAUCUGACUUUCCUUCCAUUGAGGAUAUUUACAGCAGCAACACUGAGAUGGAAGACGAUUAUUCAUAUCCAAGGCAGACUUUAAGACAAUCACCGCUACCACCUACCGUGAAACCGAAGCCAAUCGUCGAUGCACCAACACCACCGCCACCGUCUCUAGUAAAGGCUGAUAACAAAAAAUCAUCCGUCAUCUACCAUUCUAAUCAGAGUUUGUACAGUUUGGAUGAGUGCGAGAGUGAAGGGUUAUAUGUAGGAACAGCUACAAGUCUCAAUGGUAUGGCAUCAGCACCUGACUUAACAGCACCACCAUCGGUCGACAAUCAUCUGUACGCCACGAUAAACAAAGAUAAUGGCGGCAGAUCAUAUGCACGUGUUGGCAAUAAAAAGCAGUUAACUCCCCCACCAACACCACCAAAGCCUAUGCCCAAACCACAAUUUCUUGUAAAAGCUCAGCCAGUUUCUACUUUCACACCUCCUCCACCACCACCAGCGCCACAGAAUGUUUCUAGAAGUGUGUCUGCAAAACCAACACCACCUAUACCAGCUAGUGCUGUGCCUAUCGCACCGCCACCACCGCCGCCACCUGCUAGUGGCAUACCUAUUCCACCACCGCCUCCACCAAUUAAUAGUAUGCCAAAACCACCAUUGCCACUAUCUUCUUCUUCGGGCAGUCCAAUACCACCUCUACCGCCGCCCAUGCAAAAUCCCACGGCAAAAGGUACUAGAGGUCCAUCGGCACCUGCAAUGAUAAGUGCCGAUAAUGGUGAUGCACGUGGGGCUCUUCUGGAUAGUAUUCGGAACGGCAUAACCCUAAAGAAAGUCGAUCAAAAAGCCGCCACUAUUAGUGGUGUCAAGCCACGGACGGAGCGCAAACCGCCAGCCACAGACUUCCUUUCGGAACUUAAGUUGGGUAUAACAUUACGUAGAGUCAAGGAUAAGGCAGAUAAUCCGUAUGCGAGUGAAGAUCCGGAUGAAUCGCAGGCCUGAGGAGGAUUAUUUGUUUGCAUAGAUACUUUUUAAAUAAAUUUA